CACAUUUUAUAAGUCAAUCACACUUGGGUUGCGUACGCGAGUCGGGACCUCGCAGCGAUCGCCCGCGUAUUGGGCUCACCUGACAGAAAUACAACGACAGAAUACCCCGGCGUUCUUCUCUUGCUCUCCAAGGCUGAGAAUAAAAGUGCCUAAAAAUGAUCCAAAUUGCUGAGCCGCGUGUCCCCGGAAAGGGCGGGCGUCUAGCCUCUCGGCUCAUCCAGGACUGGUUCGCGGGGCGUCUAGCGCAGAACGAGCAAGGUGACAGCGGGAGCGUCGGGCUGCCUACCGACUGCCCGUCGCUACGAGUGUUUCCUCCCCGCCCGGAAGCCGGCCCCGAGCAUGACCUGCUCAUCAUCCAGUCGCAGAGUUAUGACGACGCCCACGACCCCGAGAAUCAAGGCAGGUCCUUGGUUUGCUGCAUGUGCAGGUAUUGCCGCUACCAUUUCGUCUUCCACAUCUACCCUCCUGCGCGCGAAGACGGCAUGACGCACAUGCAGCACCAUCUCCGCCUCAAGGAAUUCCAACGGCUCCCCUUCGCCAGCCCCCCGCCUUCGCCUCCAUCCACCCGGCGUCCCCAACCGUGCCGGUUUCUGUACGACUGCACCGUGUGCGGGAUGGUUGUCUGCCUCGACAUGUCGUUGCCUCGGCUGCAGUCGGGCUGGAUCGAGUUGAUCACGGACGAGAACCGGAUCCGGGAGGCGUUGAGGAUCGCCCGAGAGCAAGACCCUGGACGCUACGGGGACAUCAGCCCGGAGAAGGAGAACCACUACCUGACAACGGCCCUCUCCACGUUGAACCAGUAUCUCAAAAAUAUACUGGAUGAUGACGGCUCGGGGCCCCGCAAGAGGAUAUCUUGCCGGAACAAGACAUUUUUGGUGCAGUUUGGCCAGGAUUGCGACCAAAUGUUCCGCUAUCUCGGGUUUGAGCAGCAGCACGACCCCGCCACCGGAGAGUGGUACUGGCUGCCUCCGGUUUUGCCUCCUCAGUCGGGCAAGACGCCCCUGAAUUCGCCGAGGGCUUUCAUCGAAGACGUCAGAAGCGAGGUGCAGAGCCUCCUCGACGACAAGCCGCUUCCCAACGGCCAGCCCGUCGUCAAGCCGUUCUCGGCACGAGACCAGCUGGAGAAGGCUCUCGGAUGCGACAAAACCCCACGGUCUGCGGGUCCGCCGUCUAUUGACAGCAGCGAGCUUCAGCAUUUCACCACCCUCGGCGCGCCAGUCGGCGCAAGCGAUGAGCUGCUCAAGUUCGCGUACAGGAGACAAGUCGAGACCGACCCGGAGGGCGCACCAUCUUAUUUGGAAGCGCUCGGCACACUCUCUGGGCGCAGAGCCGAGGAACUCCAAAUGUUUGUUUUCGGAGAGCAGGAGUUGCUGGCCGAAAAAGACAAACAAGCGGUGGCCACCGCCACCGCCGCGGACCCCGAGACCGCUGCCAUCGAAAGGGCAUACGCCCACUUUGCUCUGCGGAGAGACUGUCCUGAAGCGCCCGCGUACUUCAUCAACGUGUACAGGAACUACAGAGAACAGUCUCCCGCACAGAAAUCAGACCAUCGGCUCGCCUUGCUCACGAUUGGGAGAGACCGGCACAGCGAAGAAAUUGAGUACGAGGUGUACAUGACCGACAUGGAACUCUCGGAGGCCUGCCGAUUCCUGGGCGUGGACGCCGAAUGGCCGUUGGACAAUAUCGCGGCGAUGGCACAGAGCGUUGCUUCGGAGAUGGACCUUAAGCUUGUCCUUAUGGCGCUCGACACCAUCGGGCGAAGUCGGCCCGCGGAUGACCCAAACCGUUACGCGUUUGACGAAACCGUGCUCAUGCUGCGAUCCGGCCUUCCAUCCUCGCCCCUAGAUAGCAGCGCGACACCUACCGCUGAGCCCUCUCGCGAAGUUGUGGAUAUGGAGCUUCCGGUCGGGCUCGCCAAUCUUCGGAACACCUGCUAUCUGAAUAGCAUUCUUCAGUAUUUCUACUCCGUUAACGCCGUCAGGGACCUCGCUAUGAAUGCCGACCUGCCCGCCUUGCAGCCGACCGAGGAGAAUCUGAGCAAUCUGCUCCGCGCCACCAACAGCGGCGGCAGUGACAGCAGCCCGACCGGGUCCAGCUUGGAGACGGGGCGAGCCUUCGUCGGACAUGAAUUCACGCGCGAGCUGAGCACCCUUUUCCGGGAGCUCGACGCCACUGGAAGUAGCUGGAUCACGCCUCGGCAGCGCCUCGCCAAUGCUGCUCUGCUGAGGCCGGAGAAGCUGCGUCCCCGCUCAGAGGGUUCCGAAACUGCGCCGAGCUCGAGCAACGAUGCCGGGCCGCCACUGCCGCCCCGCACGGCCCACGAGAGCUCCGUCCCCCGCGUGCCCGAUGCCCCCAUGACAGAACCCGAAUGCUGCGAGACCGCUAGUGCCGCGAGCUCACAAACGCUGGUAAACAACGCUGGUGAAGAGGGCGCUGCGGGUGCCACGACUGAGCCGCGGAACGCCGAGAAGGACGCGCCGACGGCCGCGGAUGAGGCUGUAGCGCAAACAUCCGCUAGCCCCAAGUCCAACCAACCCGCCCAGAGGGGAGUGAGAAUGUCGAAGCUCACUGUCGAAGAGCUUGCCGUCGAGCUGGACAAGCCAAACGUCGGAUCCGAUCAGAUGGACGUUGACGAGGUCAUGGGUAACGCCAUUGACCAUCUGCGGGCGGCCUUCAAGGUAUCCCGUAUUGGCAGUUCUGAGGCCGCUCCGGACCCCAUCCAGCAAGCCUUCUUCUCAACCUUCAUCGAUAACCGGAAGAAGAUUGGCGAUUCCGAGUGGAACCGGUCCAGGAGAUCCGACCGCUGGGUGACGGCGUACCCUGCUCAGUCAGGGACGCGGGACCUGUACGAUGCCCUGGCCAACUCAUUUGACCUCGAGCCACUCCCCGGCGACCUCCUUUCUUUCACCACGAUCGAGCGACCGGCGCCGCAUUUUCACAUCUGUAUCCAGCGCUCGGACGGCGUGAGGAAGAAUUCCAACCCCAUUACCAUCCCGAACGUUCUCUAUCUCGACCGCUUCAUGCAUGCCGCCGACAACCAGUCAGUGCUAUCCAGGGAGAGGAGGCGCCGAUGGGAUAUCACGACCAGACUGAACGAGAUAUCAAGCUCGAAGUCGGCGGAUGGGCGCCCUGAGACAGCCAAGGCCGAUUCCCGGGUUGCCGGUCACGCUUUGAAGGUCGGUAUGCAAGAAGAUGACCUCACCGAGGAGGAGAUCGAUGGGUUCUUAAUCGUUGGGAGCUCUGGCGUCCCCGCUGUGGACUCAUCAUCCUCCACAGCCGCCGCGGUGAACGGGACACGAGGUGCAGAGGAGGUUACUCCUGACUCGGAGUUGAAGCGGCUGUUGGUCAAGUAUGGUCUAGCAGAGCCCGCCUUUGCUCGCUCCGGCUCCGCCGAGCCACCACCGUACAACAACACCAACAGCACGAAGACGACGACCCUACUGCCAUCUGACAUCGACGCGUUUUGGGAGCGAUUUGCGGCCGAGGAGGAUGCAGAGAGGCAGCGCCUGACCGCCGAGCGCGACAGGAUCUUUGCGGACGCCCACAACGUCGCCUAUCUUCUCCACGCCGUCGUGUGCCACGCGGGCGCCCGGCCGACUUCGUCUUCCAGGAGCUCAACACCAAGGGCGAGCCGUACUACCUGGCCUACGUCAGGGCCGACGAGGUCGCGCACCUGGUCAGCAUCCCGCGCCGCCACCCGCCCACGCCGCCGCCGGUGCCCCCGCGUCCCCAGCCGCCCCAGCCGGAACGGGAUAUCGUUAUGGUCGAUGCGGACGGGCCCGGACCGGCCGAGACCGCCGUCGAGCACCUGGAGGACGUGGAUAUGCAGGCCAACUCGCUCCACGACCGCCAGUGAGGGGCUGUUCCGUGCGCGGAAGCACAUGCAUGGCGAUAUCGGGGAGCUUCCUAUCGCAUGCAGUCACAUGCCGUCCGUCGGAUAUUCCACGACGAAAAGACCUGUCCACCAACACACGUGUUUUUCUUAGGGCCCAAGGAGCUACCGAGAGGAUUGAGUCUUGCACUGGGGUUUGCCAUCCGUGGGCUUGUUGCGUUUCUGGCCGGGAUCAUGGGUGCGGCUGGGACGGAUUUGGAGGGGGUUUUGCUCCAUCUCGGAUCGA